CUUGAUGUGAUCUUUGCACAUUCGUCGGGUCUGCCUUCUGUAUCUAGUUUUGAUUUUCUUGGACUAUCAGUUAUCACGACAAUCAUCACAUCUGAAAAAUGUAAGUUUAAAAUACAACUACACUGAUGUAAUAUUACUAUAGUCUUCAGAUUAGCUUCCUUGCUUCUCUCUCUGUCACAGCCGCUUUUAUUGCAGGUUUCUGGUCGAUCUUGAUCUGGGUGGUGAUUGAAUCUUGGUGAUAUGUGUUUUCUUAUGACCAAGUUCCAAUUCGAUUUUUCUGAGUUUUGGAGGCUUGAAAAUUGUUCUCUUCAUUGGCGCGCAAGAAUUGGUUGAUCGAUAUUUGGAACUCAGUUUAAAUUUGGAAUUUUUGGAUCGAGGGUUUGGAGUUAUCUCAAUUGAUCACUGUUUUGAUUUUGGAUCCCUCACAGUUUUGCCGUCAUUAAAAUUUUAGUUAUUUGUUGGGAGACCUCUGUGAAAGUUCAAGUCACUUUGAAGACAUAUUCAAUUGUAUCGUUUACUGCUUUCUGGUUCAAUUUCGAGUACCUCCUUGUGGAACUUAAUGGUCGAAAAAAGUUGUUUUCUUGGGCCCCCUUUUGAAAAUGUCUCGAAGUUGGUGUAUUCUUUUGGUGCUUUUGGAAUCGAUGAUUAUAUCUUCUUCUCGGUUUUUGAAGCAUGGAGAGAAUUGUGGGGCAUACAGUUUCAGCCACUCGGAUGACCCGAGUCGCGAAUUGUUCUAUGUAAAUGGGAAAUUGGUGGACAGAUUUUUCUUCUGUAACACUUUGAUAGAGCAUAAUGAAAAACAGUGUCUCCUUACCGAAUAUGCCAAGAAAAAAUACUGCCCAUCAGUUGAAUCUACAGACAAGUUGCCUUUGGUAACUAGAAGAAAACUUGUAGAAACUGUGGUUCCAGAGGGAUCUAGAAGACUUGAUAAUGAUACAGUAUUUAUGGCUAAUUUCAUAUUGAAACCCAAGAUGCUGGCUAUGGGUGUGCCGGCAAUCUUCUUAUUCUGUUGUGUGUUACUAUGUCCAUGCUUCCAUUCAAAGAAAAGAGAUUCUGAGCAUACUGUUCUCACCAAGGAGCCAACUUCAAUGGAUUCGAUUUCGUCUCUAGAAACGAAACCUACAUUCGAAAGUUACCCUGGGAGCCCACAAAGAGUACCUCCAAGUCCAUUAAGAGUUCCUCCAAGUCCAUCAAAAUUCUCCAUGUCACCAAAACUCAAUAGGCUUGGAUCUCUUCAUCUAAAUAUGCGCCAAGUUGUGAGGGCCACACAUAAUUUCUCUCCAUCAAAGAGGAUUGGUGGGGGAGGGUUUGGGGCUGUGUAUAAGGCUGAGUUGCCUGAUGGCCAGGUAGUCGCUAUCAAACGAGCAAGAAAGGAGCACUUUGAAGCCUUGAAGGUGGAGUUUAAAAGCGAAGUUGAACUUCUAGCUAAAAUUGAUCAUCGUAACUUAGUCAAGCUUCUUGGUUAUGUCGAAAAAGGAAGCGAACGAGUGAUUAUCACAGAGUAUGUGCCCAAUGGUACACUUAGAGAACAUCUAGAUGGUAUCAAGGGUAAAAUAUUGGAUUUCUAUCAAAGACUUGAGAUUUCCAUUGAUGUUGCUCAUGGCCUAACCUAUCUCCAUCUAUAUGCUGAGAAGCAAAUUAUCCACAGAGAUGUAAAGUCCUCCAAUAUUCUGUUGACCGAAAACUUGAGAGCCAAAGUUGCAGAUUUUGGGUUUGCCAGAGCUGGGGAUGAUCCCGACUCUGAAAAAACGCAUGUAUCCACCAAAGUAAAAGGAACAGUUGGCUAUCUUGAUCCCGAGUAUAUGAGGACAUUUAAACUCACAGCCAAAAGUGAUGUUUACUCGUUUGGAAUUUUAUUACUAGAAGUUCUAACGGGCCGCAGACCUGUGGAUAUGAAGAGGCCGGCUGAUGAGAGGGUGAUGAUUAAAUGGGCAUUCCGAAAAUACAAAGAAGGAAGAGUUUCGGAGAUGGUAGAUCCUCUGAUGGGGGAAAAUAUAGAUGAUGAAAUUCUUAUGAAAAUGUUUGGUUUGGCAAUCAGAUGUGCUGCCCCUACACGCGUAGAUCGACCAGACAUGAAAGCUGUGGGUGAGCAGUUAUGGGCAAUUAGAAAGGAUUAUCUUAAAACUGAAGGGAGGGGCUCAUAAAAAUGUAGCUUAAUUAGGUCUGUUUAAAAAAGAACACAGAAAAAAGUUGUACUUGGUGUAUUGACGUUUUGGAAAGUUGGGACCGUACUAAUUCUUUUUGAGUCUCAUAUGUCCUAUCAGUUUUAGAUUGAUAGUGAAUGAAGUUCUAAUGGGUUUCUUAUGAUUGACAAUUGUUCUUAUGAUUUUCAGUAUGCCUUUUUUCUAAGUAAAUAAAUUAAUUUUCAUCUGCU